AUGUUGAGCGAUAUUCUUACCGUGAAAAAAGAGUACAACCGCGCUCGCGUAGUGAGCCGUUCAGCAAGUGCUUUUUCAAAGCGCUCAGCUCGGCGAAACACUGCCCAUCCUAUUUCCGACUUUCUUCAAAAAACGUCUGGUUCUGGACGAAAAACGUCCGAGGCCAACUUCGAGAACGACGGUGUUCUUAUUCCAUACCAAAAUCGAAUCGAUCUGAUAAAAAAUGACACUGUCGAAAUACGAAAAUGGGACAUUGAUAAAAAGAUUCAAAAAUCCUUCUUUUCGGACAUCGAAAUAGCUGGAAGCUGGCUGCUCUGGAUAUGUCUAACUUUUGGGCUUUUAUGCUUGGGAAACGCAGUGAUCUUUGCAUUUCUUCUUUCAGAGCAGCUCACUUCGCUCGUUCACGCAGUUAUUGUCGCUCAUUAUUGCCUUGUGAUUUUGAAUAUUGCUUUCCUGCUCGUGGCGAAUAAAUGCUUGCAAGAUGUAAAGCAUGAUGUCUAUCUGUUCUGCAGCGGCCUGGCUUUGGCGAACAGCUUUUUGGCUUUAGGAUUUUCAUAUUUCUUCUUUAUAAAAUCGUUUCAUUCGAUCGACUACAGUAUCGGUUUAAUUAUGACUUUUGUUCUUUACUGCUUUAUUUUUGCCGCCGCUAUGUUUUUGUCUUUUAUUUCGUUUCAAGUCCAAUUCGUUCUCUCCAGGCUGGCAGCUUCAGACAUAGAAGCCUAA